GUAUGAAUCUCUGUUAGCACCGGUACACCAAGCUUCUCCGACAGACUUCUGGUAAGUAAGUAAGUAACUUACAGGGUUCACCUCGGCAGGUCAUAGCUGGGACCUGAUAACCUUUUUCCUCGAGUGCACCAAUGCAGCGACGUUUUGAGUCUACCUAGACACCUGAUUUGAGAGAUUUUACAUAUAUUCGGCAUGGCUAACUGCAGCAGUAAAGCUUGUUUCCGAAAAGCUGAAAUUAUAUGAUUGGGUAGAUGCAGUCAUUAUCUUGGACAAUCUGAAGAACCUAUCGGUGUCCCGCAGCCAGCCCGAGACCCGGGGUUCUACUACCUCUUUACCAUGCAACUCGCUAUGGAGGAUAUAUCAUUAUAUCGAGGGCUAUAAAACUGCACGGCUCCGGUACGCAGAGAUUCAAGAUGCAUUACAUUCGGCUCCUUCGCCCAGCGAAGAUCCUAACCUCCACAGGAAGGCUGGUCAUCUCGAUACUAUUUACAAUCACCACUGAUCUUGGGGACUCGUUUCUAUGUCCGGAGGAUGGGUCAAUCGAUCUGAUAGUGGCAGUCGAGGAUCCCGCUGCAGGUCCGGUGCGCUCAGGUGCGGCCGUACUGCGGGGGGCAAAGACAUGCAGGUAUAAGUGGAAGACGGGAAUGCGCGUCCUAGAUGCCAAUUUUACAUUAGCGCCGGGUUUGAAGAAAGAGUUGGUGAACUGCAGAUUCUCCAUUUAUCCCGUGCAGCAACGGCCUCGGAAGCCAUCAGCGCCGUUAGGCGCUCUACAUGUCGGCGAUGUUCUACCAUGGACGGUCGACAUGAAUCCGAUACUAAGGAUGGGUGUCAUAAUGCCAGCGACUUUCGAGUUCGUGGAUGGUGUCUGCGCUACUGUGUCAGUCCGUACGCUUGGACUGAGGAUGCAUCACGGUGCUGGAGAACGCGGAGAAAGUGAUGAGAGUUUAAACCUUCAGUUCGAAGAAGACAUCGGCGAAAGUAUAGCGCGACAUAUCUGGGAUGCAGGCGUAGUCACCUCCGCAUACCUCGCGGACGCAUCUUCUUCGCCAGAAAGCAUUCGCGAAGUAUUGCCGAUAGAGCGUGACAGUUUCAAUGUCCUUGAGCUCGGAAGCGGCGUGGGGAUCUUAGGGAUCACAAUUGCUACCAUUCUACCGGCGGCAGCUGUCGCUCAGGGGCGGAGGCUCAAGAAUUCUAGAGUCUUGUUAACAGAUCUAGAAGAGGCUGAGGAACGUGCGAGGUCAAAUAUUGCCAAAGCUGAAGCGACACUUGCGACUAGUCACACGGAGGGCGCAAAUGUUACCAUCGAGUACGAAAAUCUUGACUGGGAUGAAGGUCUUGAGGGCCGCUUCGGGCCCCUCGUUUCGGCUACGCCAUGGGAUCUUAUUGUGCUAAGUGACUGCACGUACAAUGUUGACUCGCUGCCGGCUCUAGUCGGAACGCUGAGCGCUUUACACACUUUGAAGGAACAUCAUCGCGACCAAGAGAACAAGGGCCCUGCCAAGUCCUCUGUAUUAUUGGCCACUAAACCGCGACAUUCGUCAGAGGAGGCAUUGUUCGAACUUCUGGACGAUCAGAGCUGGACGUAUCGGGUGGUUAAGGAAAUUCCGCUUCCAAAGAUUGGCGAGGAGGAUGAAGUCGUGCAAGUCUAUCUCUUGCAGAAAGGUGCUCUAGGGACAUGAGCCUCACUAGAGCGAAGGUCUCUUUUAUUGUGAUACUCGGUGUGCCGAAGGGCAUAUUGUCAUGUUACAUCGCCUCAGAUAUAAUGCGUGCUUCUAUGUACGAACCCGACCACAGCCAUGAUCGGAUGAACAGACUCGGUAAGGUGUAACUGACACCGCAUGGGAAUUCGCACUUCCGCAAUGGCUCCGUCGAAUCAUACACAUUGGCAUGUAUGAACGAUAAUAGCCUGGUGCCCUUCGGGUCGUAUUUUGCCUGCUAUAUUCAGUUACGGCCUCAAAAUUUCAUAGUAGAUUCCGUCCAGAUAUAAAGGGCAGUGGUUCAAUACAUCCCUGGAAGGUAGCACGCAUUUAGAGGAUGAAGAACUUACGAGUGGCUCCAAAUGGUCUCGUAGAUAUCAUUUAUGAAUCCGAGCUUAGUUAUCAUGACUUUC